AUGCCCAUGUCGAGCAGACAACGCGUUCAGGAAUGUGUGGCUUGGGCGAUGCUGGUGCCAAAUAUCCCAGCCCUCCAUGCCCUGAAGAUGUUGUUCUCAGGUCCUGGAUACUCGCAGACGUACCGCAAUACAUGGGUGGGCUGGUACAGCGCGGGCGGAUACAUCAUGGAUUCUGCAGGAGUCAUGCUUUCAGGACGUGAUGGCAAGACUCCGGACUAUGACACAGCAGCCUUGGUCGGAGUCCGCUUCGAGGACACAGGAGGUGGAUUCGUUGAGUUUGAGCUGUAUAGUAAGUAUCGUCAGCGGUCGCUGUUGAGCAUUGUCAAUGACUGCAUGGGAACCGAUCGAGAGAAUGAUGGCUCUCCGGCUUGGCGAUCGGGCCAUUGCAGGGUCGGGAAAGCAUCAAGCACCUUCGGGGUUGUUCGCCCGUCCCCUGAGAUGGUGAUAGGUUAUGCUGGCUCCAAUUUGGAGCCGCUGAACUGGAUUCUUUUCAAGGUACAGGAGAGUGCAGCCCAAAGGAGGUUGCCCUUUGCUUAUGGGACCCAAAAUAGCACGAAUCCAGGCUUUGCUGGCCGCGUGUACAUCUAUGGGGUGCAAUAUGCCGUCGAACGUGCCGGCAUGUGGAAAUCCGUCACACGGCCCUGUCAGCUGGAUGGGGAUGGCUGCGUGACAAGCCACAACUUUCCAAGAUAUUACGGGACACAGGAGCAUUGCAGCAUUGAAAUUGAGCCGUCACUUGCAACUCCCCUGAAUGUAACGGAUUUCAAAACAGAGAGUAAUCACGACAUCCUCACGGUCAACGGCAAGGUGUACAGCGGUUCGACUGGACCACAAGGCAUCACGCCUCUGGAAGCAAUUGUGUGGAGGUCUGACAAUUCCGUUUCCAAGCGUGGCUGGCGAUUAUGCCCAUCAACUGUCGGGAGUGCGAUUGGCUCCAUCGAGGAUCCGCCGAGUGGCGUGCAUGUGUUCUUGCCGGUGAUCUUUUUGGCCAUGAUAUGCCUGGCAUGCUAUUCUGGGCCGACAAUGCUGCGCACCUGGCGAAGGUGGCACGCGCAGCGAGUGCGCUUGCGGAAUGAUCUGGAUCAUGAUGGUGUUUGCGGUGAUCUCACAGUGGACGCGACUGAGCUAACCCUGGACCAAUCGCAGCAAGCGCAAUUGCUCAGAGAUGGACACAGCGAGUUCGCAAACUGA